GGCGCAUUUAUUGCAAAACAAAACGUUUGGUUUCGAAGUUUGGCUGAAAUUGUGAUUCAAUUCAUUGAUUAGUAAAUCGUUGUAUAGUUUAAGGCCUGAAGACAAUUGUCGUCAGUUAUGGACACUUACAGCAGUUCCGCCAAAACGCGAAUCACCGGUGCUUUGAUGCAGAACUACGUGCAAAAGGCGGCCACUCUUGUCGGCGAUGUCAUUAAGGUGGAAAAUGACGGCAAAAGAGCGACCAUUAAGACAACGGACGAGCAGUUCGUUCAGAUUGUGUUCACACAACCGCUGAUGACACCACUCACUAACUCAUGUCUGAUCGAAGUCUACGGCAUUGUCUUAAGUCGGACUCAAUUCCAAUGUCACGAUUACAUGCAAUUCCCUCCAGAAAUGAGUGAUAAAUUCGAUCGGCAAACGUAUAACGAUUUCAUCGCUCAAUACAUUAAGACAUGCGAUGAACACAUCAAUUGUUUGGUUGAGUCCAACGAAGACCGUUCACUGAUCCAUCCGAUGGACAACUUCGUGAUCACUACUUCCAAUGCCAACGACUCUCUUAACAGAAGCAGCUUUGGCUGAAUUACCGCUAAAUUAUCACUACAUUUGUCUUUUUAAUACUAAUCCAAAACUGAUAAUUCAUUUUAAAUAAAACAUUUCAAUUUUAUAAUAAUUUACAGUAUUUUUAAUAUUAAUUUCAAAUUGAAAUUUUCAAUACAUUUUAAAAUAUGAUUAGAAAAC